AUGGCGGGCCGUCGAAGAAUUUCCGACUGGGAAGAACAGGCGCCGAAGGAUCUUGAUCCUGAGGCCGAGCCUGUCGAUGCGAGCGAAAACGAGAGCGGCAGUGAGGAGAGCGAAGACGAGAACGCUGGCACGGAACACUAUGUCACCGUUGGCAAGAGCAAGCUCCGUGAGAAGGAGGGCGUGUCUCUCGGCCCUCAGUACCGUGGCUCGCGCGUGAGCCGAGAUGCCCUGAACGACUCGAGCAACGACGACAGCGACGUCUUCGAGGAUGCGCAAGAGGAUUUCGACUCAAAUGAUGAGGAGUUCGAUGAUCCUGAGACCGCCGACCUGGCAGCGGACGAGGCGAAGGCUGGCGACGAAGACUUCGAGAUCGAGAGCGACAAUGCUCUUGGCGAGAGCGACGACGAAAAGCUUGGAGAGUUUGUGUUCCGUGGUAGCUCGCAGCCAAAGGAUAGCAAGAAGGGAAAGCGCAGCAAUAGACCCACUGCCGCCGACUUCAUCUCGGACGAGGAGGACGAAGACGAAGACGGUGACGAUCUUGACGACGAAGAUGAUGAGGAUGAGGAUGAGGAGGACGAUGAGGAGGACGAUGAAGAAGAAGGAGACUCGGAUGGUAGUGACGAAGACCUCAUGGACGGCCUCGAGGGGUUGGAAGAUGAUGAGGAAGGCUCAGAGGAUGAGUCCGCCGAAGACUCGGAGGAAGACUCUGACGAUUCUGACGGCGAAGACACCAAGUCUCGUCGCAAGUCUAGCAAGACUGACGCCAGAGCCGAGCAGCGCAAGCUGAUGAACGAGGGUUCAAAGGCGCUCGCUGCGACGAUAUCCGCCGCCGCGCAACAAGAUGCGCUGAAGGGCGUCGCUGUCCGAGAGCAGCGCAAGACAUUUGACGGCCUCCUCAAUAUCCGCAUCAGGUUGCAAAAGGCCCUCGUUGCUACCAACUCCUUCUCCGCGGUCAACAUGGACGACGAAGCCGAGCAGAAUUCCGAGCCGUACGAGGCCGCGGAGGAGGCGGCAUUGAAGCUGCUCAACACCCUCGACAGCUUCCGAUCCAGCCUCCUUCCCGCGGAACUCGCCCAAGCAGGAGAGAAGCGCAAGCGCAGCGAAGUGGACGCGUCGAUGUCUGACGAGGCCAUCUGGGAGAGCAUCCAAGAGGCCGAGCAGCGCGCGCUCAAGUACCGCAAGAAGGUCCUCGAAACCUGGUCCAACAAGACGCGCAGCACGACCGUUGAGGUCAAGAGCCGCAAUCUCGUUUCGUCGCAGCAUUCCAUCGUCGCCAGCAUUGAGGAGCAACUCCUCAACGCGGACCGCCUCAUCAAGCGGACGCGUGUCCCGCGCUCGUGUGCGCCGGCACAGGUUGUGAACAAGGUCAACGAGGACCCCGAGAUCUACGACGACGCCGACUUUUACCAGCUCAUGCUCAAGCAGCUCGUUGAGCAGCGAACGAACGACAACGGUUCCACCGGUGCAGCAGCACAGCCGACGGUGCGGUGGGCGGCCAUGAAGGAGGCCAAGACGAAGAAGCAUGUCGACAGGAGGGCAAGCAAGGGCCGCAAGAUGCGGUUCAAUGUCCACGAGAAGCUCCAGAACUUCAUGGCCCCUGAAGACCGGAGGAUUUGGGAGCAGGACGCCAUUGACAGGCUGUUUGGCACGCUCUUUGGACAGCAGAUGGAGCUGACUGAGCAGGCAUCGGAUGAUGACAUGGAGGAAGAUGACGCUAAUGCUGAGGAGGAGGGUCUGAGACUGUUCAGGAGCUAA